CGGAGCUUCCAGUCGGCCGACGAGGGCGGCAUCCCCUCCCCACCUCCAGGACAGCGUGGAGGGGAGGAAAAGCCGGCAGGGCCUGACGAGACAAGCCGGGGAAGGGGGCUCUGGAUUCUGCUAAGUCGCUCUCCGCCCCUCCCUCUUCUUCCCAUUUCUUCAUUUCUUUCUUCAUCCGCUGCUCGCGCGAAGGUUGGACUCGUCCGAGCUUCCCCAAGGCUGGGACCGCCGGGAAAGCAACUCCACAAGCCCUGGACUGUUCUGGAUCGGAGCUUCUCUUGCUGUUGCUGCUUCCCCACCCCCUCCAUCGGCCCCGGACAAAUUAGAGCGAUCAAAGAAGAGGGGCUCCAUUUGCUGUCUCGUUCGGCGCCCAGACGCACUGGGGAAGCCCUCUUGGCUAAGAGUCGAGAUCUCUCUCCGCAGUCAAAUCAGCGGAUAAGCAAACUGAAACAUAGCAUAUCCAUUUGGAGGAAAAGGGAAGAGAAGCUAAAACCAAUACGAAUAGCCAAGAUGGAUCACUUGGGGACAUAGAAGAAGCCUCCCCAAAUUGUGGAAAGCAUUAAAAUAAUAUGUGGGAGACUGUGGACUCCAUGCUUCCAACAUAGGACCAGGACCAAGUUGGGACUCUCCACUUCUGAGAGAAUGCUGGGAAUGUGCAGAGGGCGACGGAAAUUCCUGGCUGCCUCUCUGACUCUACUUUUUGUUCCUGCAAUAACCUGGAUUUAUCUGUUUGCUGGAAGCUUUGAAGAUGGAAAGCCAGUGUCAUUGUCUCCAGUUGAAUCCCAGCCCCACAGCCCUCGUUACACAGCCACAAGUCAACGGGAAAGAGAGAGCUUGGAAGUCCGCAUGCGGGAAGUGGAAGAGGAAAACCGGGCACUUCGCAAACAACUCAGCUUGGUGCAGAGUCGGGGCCUGGCCCAUCGUCGAGGCAAUCACUCAAAAACUUACUCCAUGGAAGAGGGGACAGGGGAUAGUGAGAACCUGCGGGCAGGCAUUGUGGCAGGGAACAGCUCUGAGUGUGGACAGCAACCAGCGGUGGAAAAGUGUGAGACGAUCCACGUUGCCAUUGUCUGUGCUGGAUACAAUGCAAGUCGGGAUGUUGUCACACUUGUCAAAUCAGUUUUGUUUCAUAGACGGAACCCUCUUCACUUCCACCUCAUUGCAGAUGCCAUUGCAAAGCAGAUCCUGGCAACCCUUUUCCAGACUUGGAUGGUUCCAGCAGUGCGCAUAGACUUCUAUGAUGCUGAUGAGCUGAAGUCUGAAGUAUCCUGGAUACCCAACAAACACUAUUCUGGCAUUUAUGGGCUGAUGAAGCUGGUACUGACAAAGACUCUCCCUGCCAACCUUGAACGAGUCAUUGUACUUGACACAGACAUUACCUUUGCUACAGACAUUGCUGAGUUAUGGGCUGUCUUUCACAAGUUUAAAGGACAGCAGGUUCUUGGCUUGGUGGAAAACCAGAGUGACUGGUAUCUGGGAAAUCUCUGGAAGAACCACCGGCCCUGGCCAGCUCUUGGUAGAGGUUACAACACAGGGGUCAUUCUGCUGCUUUUGGAUAAAUUGCGCAAAAUGAAAUGGGAGCAGAUGUGGAGGCUCACAGCUGAAAGAGAGCUAAUGAGCAUGCUCUCCACCUCAUUGGCUGACCAGGAUAUUUUCAAUGCAGUCAUCAAACAGAAUCCCUUCCUUGUGUACCAGCUUCCCUGUUUCUGGAAUGUGCAAUUAUCAGACCACACUCGCUCAGAACAAUGCUACAGGGACGUGUCUGAUUUGAAGGUCAUCCACUGGAAUUCACCGAAAAAGUUGAGAGUAAAGAACAAGCAUGUUGAAUUUUUCCGCAAUCUUUAUCUGACAUUCCUGGAGUACGAUGGCAACUUGCUGAGGCGGGAACUCUUUGGAUGUCCCAGUGAAGCUGAUGUCAACAGUGAAAAUCUCCAGAAACAGCUGUCUGAGCUGGAUGAAGAUGACAUGUGCUAUGAGUUUCGACGUGAACGUUUCACUGUCCAUCGGACUCACCUAUACUUUCUGCACUACGAGUAUGAGUCUACCCCAGAUAACACCGAUGUGACAUUGGUGGCUCAGCUGUCAAUGGACAGACUCCAGAUGCUUGAAGCCAUCUGUAAACACUGGGAAGGCCCAAUCAGCCUUGCACUCUAUCUUUCUGAUGCAGAGGCGCAACAGUUUCUGCGUUAUGCUCAAGGCUCAGAUGUCCUUAUGAGCCGGCACAAUGUUGGAUACCACAUAGUGUACAAGGAAGGUCAAUUCUAUCCAGUGAACCUCCUGCGGAAUGUGGCCAUGAAACAUAUCAGCACACCAUACAUGUUCCUGUCAGAUAUUGAUUUCUUGCCCAUGUAUGGGCUUUAUGAGUACCUCAGGAAAUCCGUUGUCCAGCUGGACUUAGCCAAUACAAAAAAGGCUCUCAUUGUGCCUGCUUUUGAGACCCUCCGCUAUCGCCUUUCUUUUCCGAAGUCAAAAGCAGAGCUGUUGUCUAUGUUGGAUAUGGGGACCCUCUUCACAUUCAGGUAUCAUGUCUGGACAAAAGGGCAUGCGCCAACAAACUUCGCUAAAUGGCGAACAGCUACCACGCCAUAUCGAGUUGAGUGGGAAGCAGACUUUGAGCCAUAUGUCGUGGUAAGGCGGGACUGCCCAGAGUAUGACCGAAGAUUUGUUGGAUUUGGCUGGAAUAAAGUUGCCCACAUCAUGGAACUGGAUGCACAGGAGUAUGAAUUCACAGUACUGCCGAAUGCUUACAUGAUCCACAUGCCGCAUGCUCCCAGCUUUGACAUCACCAAAUUCCGCUCCAACAAGCAAUAUCGUAUCUGUCUCAAAACCCUCAAGGAAGAGUUCCAGCAGGAUAUGUCGCGCCGCUAUGGCUUUGCAGCACUAAAAUAUCUCACGGCCGAGAACAACAGCUAGCACAACAAGGACUGGAAAACAGACUUGAAAGGAGGAGCCAUUUCAUGUGUGCACCCCCAGUCCUUUAGCCUGGAACUGAGAGACACCUUUGUUUUUGUUUUUUAAAACCACAUCAAGCAGUUCUAACAGUAGAGAUUUGGAACAAGAUGUCUCUGGACUUACGCUCAGAAGCCGCCACUCGCCCACCACCCUCAGGCCUUUGGUUUUAUUGCCCACAAGGUGUGAAUACAUGGGUCAAGGGAAGCCGUGCCCACAUCCAUUGGCAGCACACAGGGUGGUUGGAACUGUGGGGAGUGCAUAUUUGUUCUUACAAAUGCACAGCAAAAAACAGAUCUUCUUUGGAAUAUAGGCUUUCAUGUUGCUAUUUAAUAAUUCCACAUUUUUAAAAAAAUAUAUAUGUAAAGGAAGAUCUUCAGGUCACAGUCCUGUGAAUUAACAGGGUGGGGGCUACUUCUCCCAAAAGGGAAUUUGCAUCGUAAAACAGAUGUUGUCUGGCUGUUGUCUGCCAGAGAAGAACACUGUAAAGCAGGAUGAAUCAGAUUUCCCUAGUCAGAGGAAGAGGAACUGUAUCUAAUAAAUGUGAUUUCUGGAAAAUUAUCUAUGGAAACAGUCACUGUAUUACUGUGUCAGCAUUUCUGUGGCAUUUCACAUGCUCAUUUCUCUAAUGCUGCAAAGAUGGACUCUUCUCCAACUCCCCACCACUGCCACCGGCUUUGACCAUGCCCCUUUCUUUCUUUAAUCUAAAUUACACCCUUUUGCGUUUCAUGUUCAUUCCUAGCUCAGCCAUUCACCCAAGAAGAUCUGUGCUUUUAGUGUUUUGGGAAGGGACUGCUAGCGUAAGCUCUGUUCCCAGUUGAGAAGGGUUUGUCCAUGUAUCUCCACUGAAACAAGUGGCCAGAUUUGAAUUCUACCAAUUAUUUAAGAUAGAGAGAGAGGGAGGGAGGGAGGAAGGAAGGAAGGAAGGAAGGAAGGAAGGACGGACGGACGGACGGACGGACGGACGGACACAGAUUGGUCAAUUUUAGCAAGGGGUGAAUUGCAGUCCAUGGGCUCUUCUGUUGCACACCUGCCUGAUUUUUUAAAAAGACCCUGCACAUUUGUGUGCAAGCAGACACCAGCACCAAGUAGGGUGUCUGAAAUGUGACCGUUAGGACUCAGUAGCCACAAGGUGCUACAAAUGCUUGAGAAAGUACUCCAGUAAAGGAGUUUGUUGUAACAGAAGGGACAAAAUUAAAAGAAAAUUAAAAGGAAGUUAUAACAAACUUCCCAUGGAAGUGGGGGAGAAGAUAAUGUUUGCAGGGAUCUUGGUGAUGUUUGUUUGGACAUGGGUUUGUUCAGGUAUCUCUAGCGGGAUUUAAUUGACAGCCACUGCAACAGGUCGGAAUAUAUGACAAGUGUAGCUGAGGAAUGUGAACAAGCAACAGACACAUCCACCCAACCAGACACUGGAUGUUUUAUUAUUUUCUUUAUUUCUUCAGUAUUAAUGUUGUGUUUACAUGGAUGGAGAAGAUGAGGUUUAAUGCACUACCCUUAUUUGGGGCUACUUGUACUUGGUUGCAAUGUUACUGAGAGAGAAGAAUUUGAAUAAAUGAGAAAUAUGUCUCUCUUCCUUCCCUGGA